AUGCUGUAAGUUUAAAGUACAAUAACUUUCUCUCUCGUAGAAAAUUGAAUUUACUUUGUAAAACUUCUUCUGUUUUUGACACUGAUAAGGAAGUAUGGGUGCCAAGAAAUGUUAAGUGUUUGGGUGUUGACGUUCAACUCUCACUUUCUAAUGUAUCCAAUGAAAGUAUUGAGAAAUUUGUCAAAACCCUAGAUAUUGGUUGUGUUUGUCAGAUUCCUGGGGUAUCUGGUGUCACUAGGACAAUUACGGGUAUAGUAUUCAUGAUAAUAGACCUUCAUUUAAGAUUGCCUCAUCUUUGCCGACAACUUGUGUGGUUUAAUGGUAACACUAACCAUUUUAUUUUUCAAUUCUUUGAUGAUGGUGCUCCUGAAACUAGCCAACUUUCUAUGUCCAUUGGAAGUUUGACAUUUUGGAACUUAGGUGAAUGGGUAAGAAGUAGGGAAUUUCAGUGUCUUUUACAUUGUGUAAGUCUGAGUGAGAAACAUAAUGUUCUUGAAUUGCUUUGGCAACAGCAUACUGAGGAGAUGCUGUUAUUAGAGUCUAGUGUUUUUGUGGUGUCUGGUAAGGAGUGUACUCUCGAAUUCCAACCCAGUGCUGAUAUGAGUUGGCAAAGCUGGGCAUGUAAUGAGCUUAAUCAAGCUGCCCCAUACCCUUCGCCUUAUGCAAAUGUACACAAGGGCAACAUGGACACAAUGGGGGGAAGCAUUGGGCAUAGUAGUGCUGAUUUGUAG